AUGGCCAAGUUGCCCACCAAGCCUCCGCUGCCCGCGCAACCUGAGUAUUAUUUUGAAAAUGGUGAGGGUAGGCAGGCAGAGAGGGGCCGUGGGCCCCGCCAGCCUUACCGUGGAGGUGGGCGACGUGGUGGGUACAACGAUGGGCAGGCUGGGAAUGAGUUCGGACGUCCUCGCCGGGCAUAUGAGCGCCACAGCGGCACUGGCCGUGGCUACGGGAUGAAGCGUGAAGGGGUUGGGCGUGGAAAUUGGGGAACUGCAACUGAUGAAGGCCUUGAACAGGACACUGUGGAUGCUGUUAAUCCUGAGGAAACUACUGCCGUGGUGGAGGAUGAGAAGAAACCUGAAGAUGCACCACAGUCUAAGGUUGAGAAGGACAAGGAGGGCGCGGAGAAUGAAGAACAAGAAAAGGAACCUGAGGAUAAGGUAUAUUUCUGGUUUGUACUAAGAUGCUCUUGCUACCAUAUUCCGCGUUGCAAUGUGUAUGGUUGUAGUAUGCCUAGCACAUUAUGUAAGGGUGAUGGUAGCACCCUUUAACUUGCCUAGCACGUCUUGUGAUUUU